AUGAAAUCAUCAAACAAGCUCUCUACUCGAUCCAUCGUCGCACCAACGAAGAAGGGAGGUAUGUUAUGCAGUGGACGAUCUACUGCCACUCACAAAUACCCGACAAGAUCUAAAGGUACUUUUCAAUAUAUUACUGACAUCUCCGAUCGACUCGCAAAAUUCACCCUCGAACUCCCAGAUCCCAACGAACAGCUUAUAGUCCAGCAAUGGAGUUCCAACAAAUUCAGCUUCUUCUCAAAGCUACCGCUGGAGUUGAGGAUAAUGAUAUGGAAGGCCUCCCUCCCCAGAGGUCGGCUCGUCAACCUCAAUAACGAGAUGACUCAACUAUUCUGCACAAGUCACAAACGCGGCGCAUGCGGAACACCAUUCCCAGUAUCACUCCACGUCAACCAAGAGAGUCGUCGUGAGACACUGCGCUGCUAUCAGAUCUUCCGCCUCGAAGACUUCCCAUUCGACAUCGAGACACAUUUUUGGUGUCGCCGUCGACCUAUUUGUUUCAGUCCAAGCCGAGAUUAUUUCUGGUUCCGAGAAGCAGCACUUGGAUCGACGCUCAAGAAGUUCAUCAAACGGUAUCCGGUGACUAUUCGAGCAAUCAAGACCUUGGUCGUGGAGUUGGGCACUCGCGAUAGUAUGUUGAGCUAUCAUGAAGCGGUUGCUAAAUUUCAAGGACUGCAGAAAUUACUUAUUCUGCAGCCAAGUGAUCCACACUCUGAGGUAUGGGUCGAAAAUUGGAAGACUCUUACGGAGGAAUUGCUGCCAGUUAUGCAGAGUGCAGGGUUCUCUGUGCCAGAGACUCUGAAGCUACUACCUCAUCAAAGCAUAUGCCGGAAUAUCUGGUGGGACAAUUAA